AUGAAAUUCAUCGUAGUACUUUUGGCCCUGGUCGCUGUGGCUACCGCGGUUGGCACCCGUGGACGCCCCGUUUCAUUGCAACAAAGCGGUCCGGUACCGAUCAGACAGUCGUCAUCAAGCUAUUGUAACUCUGGCUACGAUUGUGUAGCCGCCUGCAAUAAUUCCUGCUCAGGACCUGAUUAUGCAAUGUGCGUUUCCAACGUAUGCUAUUGUGGAAUA